AUGAAGGGAAGGAGGCCGCUGAGUAAACUUCAGCUUGCUAUACCCGAGCAAGAAACGCCCGUCACCAAUUACUUGUAAGUGCCUUUGGCAAGCGGAUCAUGGGUUUCUCCGCGACUCUGCAUCUCGGCCCAAACCGCGGCUGUAUUCUCGCUCUGCUGUCUCGAUCUCCUGUUCUCGCAUCAUCCAGUGGAAGCGUUUGUAUUUACUGCCGUUUGCAUAGGACGAUCUUCGUGACUGGCCAUUUUGACUCUUAUCUUUGUUCACCCUUUUUUAAUUAAUUCUAAAUGAGCAAUCAGGGUGUGGCGUCUUUCAGGACGGCUAGCGGAACGUUCCAGGAUGGUGAUCUCCUAUUGAAUCAGAAAGGCUUGAGGUUGAUUUCGGAAGCAGGUGGCACUCCGGUAAGUUUAUUUUUUUUCCUACCGUUCUCUCACCACGCCGAGUGUUUAGUCUCUUGUUUGGAAUAUGCACUAGAAGGUGGCUAAAAUGAAAUUGAAAUUGAUAUUAAUUGCUUGAAAUAGAGUGAGAUUUGUGAAUGUUUACUGGAUAUAUCAUAUCUCAUGCUACUUUUCCGGAUUCAAGAUAUUUUCAUCUACGGAGAGAGGAGAUUCGGGCUGCGGACCAGUAAUGACGCCCAGAGGCAUCCCUCAAAGUUCUCCUAAUGUUACAUCAGUUUAUAAAACAAUAAUGCCGUUGAUACACCGGAGAAUGCGACUAGAUUUCUUUUUCCGAUUCCUUUUUCAGUGUGAAGUUUCCCUCCAGUAUUUUUUGCAACCCAAAAUUGAAAUGUCUUUGCGAAACACUGGAGGGAUUCGUGCCGGCAUUAUUUUUUAAAACUUCAACAAGAGGGGGUUAUGGUAAACUAAAAAAGCUAGGAUUCAGGUGGUCGGAUAUAAGUAUCAGUCUAACUGUUCGUACAAUUUUCACUACCGUUAUCAAUCCAGAGUAUGGAGUAAAAUUUUGCUUAGAUUUUUUUCUUUGAAAUCAUGGUACUAUAAGUUCACAUGCUUUAUCUGCGUCCCCAGGGUACUUCUUUUGGUAGUUUACAACUCAGGUUGGCCUCUUCUCAUUUUGAGAUAUGUAUAUAAUUAAAUGUACUCAUCGUGUUAUAAUUAUUGGAUUAUCUAUGUAACGGACAAGCUUAUUGUUCUUAAUGGAUUGCUCAUGUUCCUCAUCCAGUGGAGUUUUUAGUAGGAUCUCUGUGUCCAUAUGUGUGUCUGUAAAUUUGCAUAGACAUCAGUGCUUGUCCACUUGGAUGUGAAUUGAUGUGUGCAUGAAUGUGUAGUUGCGCGUAUAUAUAGUCUACAUAAUCCUUUUUGUAUCCCUGUGAAACUCACUUGAUCCUCAUUUAUUUGGAGAUGACCGGCCAUAAUUUUUCAUGAUUAACAUAUGCUUUCUUAUGAUCUAUUGCUUGGAACUAACUUUUAAAAUGUUCUUAUUUUAAAAAAAAAUAUUAUAUUUCGGAUGUUAUUUAUUUUCAUAAUAGGCAACCCCAGACAGCUGGCAUAUUCGUUGUAGUUUAUAAUUAAGGGAGCUUUGACUUACAGUGCUGUGUUACCUUGUCAAAACCUCCUGUUGUGCACAUCAUAUAUCCGCUCUUUAAUUGGGAUGUCUCUUGUGUAUCGUUCACAUUUGACGAAUUUUUUCUUAUUGUUACUUUUCCAGCUGAUCCAUUCUUCUGAGACUUUAAUGCGAUGAAUUUCGUAGCAUUGAGUCAAAUAAAAUUUCCCCAAUCAGCUUUUGGGAGGGUCGAUCCAUAUGAGGUCAUAUUUUGUUAAUGUUUCCAAUUCAAUGAAUUUAAUAAACUGUGGGUAAGUGAACCUUACAGAGACUCAUUUUGAACUCGAUUCCUUGAGAAACUGCUUUUGGAAAUCGCUGGGUUCAAUUAUGUUGUUGAAUGAUUUGACCGUCUGUAUUUGUUACUUGUUUUUCAUUUGGACAUCUUAUUGAUUACUUGCACAAUGAGUUUGUCCGCAUGUUUUCUGUAGUUUAGACCAUCCUCUCUGUUUUCAAUUUAGUUCUCCUGCCAGAAAAUUUUAGUGUUUCCCUUUGAUAAUUGGAAGAAGUUUUUUUGAACUCAUUUUAAUGUUGUACUUUGAAGGACAAAGAGAAAUAAAACAUACUUUUAUUGAGGAUUACGACAGAAUACUGAUUACUAAUAUCAUUCGUCAUUUUCUUAGUGCUAGGAUUUUGUUAGGCUCAAUUUAAUCAUGUUUCAUUUGGAAUUUCCUGUUUUUCCGUUUGUGCUGACUAUUGUCAUCUAUGUGAUUUUGCAGUCUAAUGAACCGCCUAUUGACGCAAAAGAUUUGGAUUUCCACUUGGAGGAUUUCGAGACAGUAAAAGUGAUAGGGAAGGGAAGCGGCGGCAUAGUUCAAUUAGUUCGCCACAAAUGGACGGGGAAGUUCUUUGCAUUAAAGGUUAUCAUUUUAGGAUUCUGAUUUUUCAUUAUGUUCCUUCCUGCAAAAAAUAUAAGUUUAACGAAAAUCUGUCUGGACAUUGCACUUUUCAACGUUCCAUUUUGACUUUUCGAUGGUUAAUUUCUUGUUUCAUCUAGAAGGAGAUAAUGCUAUUUUUUUUGCUUGAUCCAAUAACUCUUCGUUCAUUGCCAUUAAUGCGAUAACCUGACCAUCUGCAUUUUCAUUUGGUUACCUGAGACGUGGUUGAAAAUGGCCUGCUUUACCUGUUGGAGAUACUGCAAAAACGGAAGCAUUUCUUUCACUAUAAUUUGUAUAAGGUUACAUAUUGUAAGACAGUAGAUCAAGAGGUGUCCUAUCUGAGGGCCAGUGAGGCCUUGGAUCAUUCAGUUUCACCAGCCAGGCCAAGAGAGACUUGUUGUUCGGGCUGAGCCCUUUCUAAUUGAAAACAACUGUAGCAAAGGAAUUUUUAGUUGGAUCAGAAUUCAAUCUUUAGGGUUACAAACUGACGUACUGGCUCCCCCAGGGAUUUUCUUGCACCCCUUUGUUGUGAAGUUUUCCAUUAAGUUGAAGAAUCUAUCGGUAAAACUCUACAUUUUGGUAGUUAUUCGUCAAAUUUUUAAGGUCAUCGGUUAGAUCUUUCACGUAUCAAUAUUGCAUGUUGAUAUUCGUGCCCUGUUAUAUUUCAUUCCUAUGUUAAGGCGACGUUGUAAAACAAUUACUUUUCCUGUGUUGUAUGUGCGAGAAAACGUUAUGUUGUUAUUGAGUGAUUACAUCAAGCUAGUAAUCAUGUUUGAAAAGUGUUUUUUUCUCCAUUUGAUUGACUUUCUAUUGCUUCUGUUCAUUGGCCACCACGACAGGUGGUGUUGGGGUUUGACCAACUUCCAUGACCUGGGGGAAAGCUCAUCCGGGUGGCCAGUCCUGAUGUGUUAUUCCCCUCCUUGAGGUCACAGAGCAGAACCCCUGGGGCCAGAAGUGGUUUUUCCCUCUGAUACUAAAUAAAAGGGAUAGCGGUUUAGUUAAUAGUCUUAGCCUGUGACAUUUGCAGUCUCUGCCUUCCUGUUGUGUCAAUAACUCUUGUUUGUGUGUUCAACCAACCACUAUCGGCAGUAAUUCUUGUUCUAGACAUGGCUUAUAAUGGAUGGAGUAGGAAAAAAAAGCUUAAUAAUCAGAAUACCUUGUUAGCUGAGACUAUUUGACUCUCUGCUAAUAGUAGUGUACCUUUCUUUUUCAGGGUAUCCAGAUGAACGUUCAAGAGGAAAUUCGUAAGCAAAUUGUGCAAGAGCUUAAAAUAAAUCAGGCAUCCCAAUGCCCACAUGUUGUGGUCUGCUACCACUCCUUCUACCACAAUGGAAUUAUAUCAUUGGUUCUGGAAUAUAUGGAUCGUGGUUCUUUAGCUGAUGUGUUGCGGCAUGUUAAAAUUAUUCUGGAGCCAUAUCUUGCUGUUGUAUGUAAGCAGGUAAUUUUUAUCUCAAUUUUCACGUCAGCCUUUCUUGCAGUUACCCACCUCAGUGGGUAAACUUUAUUUCUUUUAAACAUAUGAUUCUCUUCUUCCACAGGUUUUGAAAGGUUUGGUUUAUUUACAUAACGAAAAGCAUGUCAUACAUAGAGACAUUAAACCUUCCAAUUUGUUGGUGAAUGAAAAAGGGGAAGUAAAAAUUACAGACUUUGGAGUGAGUGCAGUCCUCGCCAGUUCCAUGGCUCAGCGAGACACAUUCGUUGGAACUUACAAUUAUAUGUCGGUAUGUUGGACAAUGGUUGGCUAUUUCCAGUCGAAUGCUGGUCUCCUGAAUAUUUUAUUCAUCAAGAGUUUUGGUUCAUUUUAUUUUCACAGCCUGAGCGAAUAAGCGGUAGCAGUUACGACUAUAAGAGUGAUAUCUGGAGUUUUGGCUUGGUAAUACUUGAAUGUGCAAUUGGUCGCUUCCCUUACGUACCGAGUGAGCAGGAAGGUUGGCUGAGCUUUUAUGAGCUUCUGGAGGCUAUAGUCGACCAACCACCCCCUGCUGCCCCUACAGACCAGUUCUCACCGGAGUUCUGUUCAUUUAUUUCAGCAUGGUAUGCCUACCUUUUCCGAGUUCAGCGAUCCAAAUGCAUGCUUGUCUUUUCGUUUCUGCUUUCAUAUCAGAAAUUUAGAUUUAAGUACAGAGUCUAAUGUCUUUCCUGAAGUACCUUUUUUGUCAAAGGGUUUUCUGUUAUCUCAAAAGUCAUAUGUGGUACUUCCUUUUGGGUGUAAUUUAAUUUUUUUCUGGGGGCCUUGGUAGGUAGUCGUGGUUCUCCGCAUCUUGGUCACCGCAAUGUAUUGUUUCAGAUAUGGGCCUAUCGCUGUUCAGCUCUACUGGUUAUUCUGCGUAAAACUCUUUCCAGCGUAUCAUUCCCCUACCUUGGCUUCACUAUUCAGUCUUCUCUACUCGGUUCGUCGCCAAUCGUUUCAUUGGUGGCUACUUAUCUCCAUUGGAGAGACCAAUUUGAAACAUGAUAUAAUGAUUGAAAAACUGGUGACAGACAUGCGAGCCUUCCAUGUUCUUGAAAAGAUGCAUUCUGUCGUUUUAAAAUCAUGGAUUCGAGUCAUGGACAUCUUUCUUAGGUAUUGGGAAUAACUGACUUUAUUACUGGGUUAAGCACUGAUAUGAGAGGGGACCUGCAGCGCACCCCUCAACAUUGACGUUAACACAAAUCUCGCUUAUCACGGCAGGUGAAGUCAAAUUGGUGGAUCAGUUUUCUUGUCGUCAUACUUAGUAUCGUCAGAUACCCAAAGGAGACCUUUGCCGUAGACCUUUCCUCGGUGCUAUUUGUAGCUAUGGAUGUCUGAAAGGCCGAUGACUGACUGAUUGACUGACUAACUGUUUCAAAGCUCCAGUAAUUACUCAGAUCUAAAUCCGACAACAGCUGGACAUUGUACCAUGAUCGACGAGUUAUCUUCAGUAUCGUGUCAAAAUGAUUUUAUAUUGGCCCCUUGGUCGUCGUAGCUUUUGUCCCACACAGCCUUAAGCCACCAAGCAUAUACAGUCAAUUAUUCUAAUGAGAGUAAAACCAUGUCUAUUCAAUAAUUUACGCAUUCUUUCUGGAAUUGGCCGGUAAGUAACAUUGGCAUUAAACUCUUGGUUUCAGUGUGCAGAAAGAACCUCGAUCAAGAAUGUCUGCGCUGGAAUUACUGGUUAGUAUACCCAUUCCCUUGUGGCGUUUCUUUUCUUUCCUGAUCAAGAUCAUUUCCCAAUCUAUUUCUCCUGGGUCUAGGAUCAUCCGUUCAUCAAGAAAUUUGAGGAUAAGGACAUCGAUCUCGGAAUACUGGUGGGGAACCUGGAAGCUCCCGUCAAUGUGUCUGUGUAA